CACAUCAUCUCUCUCCCCCUCUCUACUCACUUCCACCAUGUCUGCAGCACUGAGCUCCUCUCUCUACAUCUCCCCAAAGAAACCAUCAUGUCCACAGCAAUCUCUCUCCACGAAACCCACCACCAUCAAAACCACUCUCCACACCCACCCUCUCUUCACCGUAGCCGAUCAAGCCGUAACCCUCCAGAUGAAAGAGAAGAUCCUAUGCCUCGAGCUCAUGGGAAUCGACUCCGGCAAAGCCCUCUCUCUUAACCCUUUCCUCCGCUCAGCCUCCCUAGACUCCGUCGAGUCCGUCCUCAACUUCCUCCAGUCAAAAGGAAUCUACCCAAACGACCUGCCAAGAAUCUUGGGGAUGUGUCCCAAGAUCCUCACUUCAGACAUCAGAACAGAACUCAACCCUGUUUUCACGUUCCUUUCGAGUGAUCUCCAUGUCCCCGAUAAUGCGUUCAGAAGAGUCAUCAAGAAAUGUCCGAGGCUACUGAUUAGCAGCGUGGAAGACCAGCUCAAGCCAGCUUUAUUCUACUUGCAGAGACUUGGUUUCAAGGAUCUUGAUGCUCUUGCUUACCAAGAUCCUGUCUUGUUGGUGUCUAGUGUUGAACACACUCUCAUCCCAAAGCUUAGAUUCUUGGAGAGUAUAGGAUUCACUAGAUCAGAGGCCAUUGGAAUGAUCCUUAGAUGUCCGGCUCUGUUCACAUUCAGCAUAGAGAACAACUUUAAACCAAAGCUUGAUUACUUCAUGUGCGAGAUCAAAGGUAAACUGGAGAAUCUAAAGGAGUUUCCGCAGUAUUUUGCGUUCAGUCUAGAGAAAAGGAUAAAACCGAGGCACCUGGAGUCGAUGGAGAGAGGUUUAGAAUUGCCAUUACCGUUAAUGCUUAAGAGCACUGAUGAAGAGUUUGAGCAAUUGCUUCUACAAACAAAGCAAUCCUCAGUGGUAAAUGCGUAAAUGUUAUUGUUGUAUAUGGUGGGAAAAUGUUACAGUGUUUAUUAAUAGUAAUUUUAACAAUAUUGUUCCAUGUGUA